GGCGUCUCCAUGGCACGACCCUGGCCGCCGAUUUCAACGACUUCAUAAGGAGGCGUUUCUGGGCUCAGCCGUGUCGCUCCUGGACAGUUGCUGUGCGACCUGGACAGUAGAGAGGAGCGCCUCCCAAGUUUUCAUCCAACUGCUACCCCCAAAGCUUCCACCCUCCUCUCCUCAGAGAGGACGUUUGAUGCCGGGCCCCUGAGAGUCUCAUUGACAAGCCCCUCUGGGUCCCCCUGAACAGAGCCCACCUUUGCGGCUUUGAUGCCUAGUCAUGUCUGCCUCAUCCUCAGGCGGCUCCCCCAGGUUUCCAUCGUGUGGGAAGAACGGAGUAACAAGUCUCACGCAGAAAAAGGUCUUGAGGACACCCUGUGGCGUACCCAGUGUGACAGUGACGAAGCAAACCAUGAAGGACCGCUCAUCAACUCCCCCCUUACAUGUUCACGUGGAUGAGAACACCCCUGUCCACGUCCACAUAAAAAAACUCCCGAAACCGUCAGCGCCCGGCAGCCAGAAAUCUCAUAAGCGCGGAAUGAAAGGGGACACCGUGAAUGUGCGGCGGAGUGUCCGGGUGAAAACCAAGGUACCUUGGAUGCCCCCUGGAAAAUCAUCCACCCGGCAUGUGGGAUGCAAGUGGGAGAAUCCACCUCACUGCCUGGAGAUCACGCCCCCAUCGUCAGAAAAGCUGGUCUCAGUGAUGCGGUUAAGUGACCUCUCUACAGAAGAUGACAACUCAGGUCACUGCAAAAUGAACCGUUAUGAUAAGAAGAUUGACAGUCUUAUGAACGCGGUUGGUUGUCUCAAAUCUGAGGUCAAGAUGCAGAAGGAUGAGCGCCAGAUGGCCAAGAGGUUCCUCGAGGAGCGGAAGGAGGAGCUGGAGGAGGUGGCCCAGGAGCUGGCCGAGACCGAGCACGAGAACAAUGUGCUGAGGCACAACAUCGAGCGCAUCAAGGAGGAGAAGGACUACACCAUGCUUCAGAAGAAACACCUCCAGCAGGAGAAGGAGUGCCUCAUGUCCAAGCUGGUAGAGGCUGAAAUGGAUGGGGCUGCCGCUGCCAAGCAAGUCAUGGCCUUGAAGGACACCAUCGGAAAGCUGAAGACGGAGAAACAAAUGACUUGCUCAGACAUCAAUACCCUGACGAGGCAGAAGGAACUUCUCCUGCAGAAGCUGAGCACGUUUGAGGAGACCAACCGCACCCUCCGAGACCUGCUGAGAGAGCAGCACUCCAAAGAGGAUUCCGGCAGGAUGAUGGAGCAACAGGGAGCCCUUCUGAAACGGCUGGCGGAGGCAGACUCCGAGAAAGCGCGGCUGCUGUUACUACUGCAAGAUAAGGACAAGGAGUUGGAAGAGCUCCUCCAGGAAAUACAGUGUGAGAAGGCUCAAGCAAAGACAGCAUCCGAGCUCUCUAAGUCCAUGGAGACCAUGCGUGGGCACUUGCAGGCACAGCUUCGGUGCAAGGAGGCAGAGAACAGUCGCCUGUGCAUGCAGAUCAAGAACCUGGAACGCAGUGGGAACCAACACAAGGCGGAAGUGGAAGCCAUCAUGGAGCAGCUGAAGGAACUGAAGCAAAAGGGAGACCGAGACAAAGAGUCCUUGAAGAAGGCCAUCCGAGCCCAGAAGGAACGAGCCGAGAAGAGUGAGGAGUACGCUGAGCAGCUGCACGUGCAACUUGCCGACAAGGAUCUUUAUGUCGCAGAAGCUCUGUCCACUCUGGAAUCAUGGAGGAGCCGCUACAACCAAGUGGUGAAAGACAAGGGGGACCUCGAGCUGGAAAUUAUUGUCCUGAAUGACCGAGUGACAGAUCUCGUAAACCAACAGCAAACCUUGGAGGAAAAGAUGCGGGAAGACCGGGACAGCCUGGUGGAGAGACUACACCGGCAGACGGCCGAGUAUUCCGCGUUCAAACUGGAGAACGAGAGGCUAAAGGCUAGCUUCGCUCCAAUGGAGGAUAAACUCAAUCAGGCGCAUCUCGAGGUCCAGCAGCUGAAGGCGUCGGUUAAGAAUUACGAAGGGAUGAUUGACAACUAUAAGAGUCAGGUGAUGAAGACCAGGCUGGAGGCUGAUGAAGUGGCUGCCCAGCUGGAACGCUGUGACAAAGAGAACAAGAUGCUUAAAGAUGAGAUGAACAAAGAGAUCGAAGCGGCACGGAGGCAGUUCCAGUCCCAGCUGGCUGACCUGCAGCAGCUGCCUGACAUCCUCAAGAUCACGGAGGCUAAGCUGGCAGAGUGCCAAGAUCAGCUGCAGGGCUACGAGCGGAAGAACAUCGACCUCACAGCCAUCAUAUCAGAUCUGCGCAGCCGGAUCGAACAUCAGGGGGACAAGCUGGAGAUGGCGAGAGAGAAACACCAGGCCUCCCAGAAGGAAAAUAAACAGCUGAGUCUGAAGGUGGAUGAACUGGAGAGGAAACUGGAGGCGACCAGCGCCCAGAAUAUCGAGUUCCUACAGGUGAUUGCCAAGAGGGAGGAGGCAAUCCACCAGUCCCAGCUGCGGCUGGAGGAGAAGACUCGAGAAUGUGGGGCCCUGGCAAGACAGUUGGAGAGCGCCAUUGAAGACGCUAGGAGGCAGGUGGAACAAACCAAGGAGCAUGCAGCUUCCAAGGAACGAGCAGCCCAGAACAAAAUCCUGGACCUUGAGACACAGCUGAGCAGGACCAAAACAGAGCUGAGCCAGCUGCGGCGGGGCCGCGAGGAUGCCGACCGCCGCUACCAGAGCCGGCUGCAGGACCUGAAAGACCGCCUGGAGCAGUCGGAGAGCACCAACCGCAGCAUGCAGAACUACGUCCAGUUUCUCAAGUCGUCCUACGCCAACGUGUUCGGGGACAGCCCUUACGCUGCCUACCUGACCAGCUCUCCCAUCCGCUCUAGGUCUCCUCCUGCCUGAGGCCGCCCGGCUGGGCCUGGGGCCAGACUGCGGCCAUGGAAACUGAUGAGUCCCCAAGCCAUGCCCGGAAAGUCUGUUGGCUUUCCUGUCUCUUCCAGUGCUGAAGUGUGUUCAGGAUCUUGUCCUUAGCCACUGGCUCCAUGGAAGUCCCUAAAGCGGGAGGGAUGAAGAAGCAGGAAGCACUUAGUCCCGACCCUCUCCGCAAGCGUUGCCUAAUGGAAGUUUUCCACUUCCUUGCCAGGCCUGAUUCCCAAAUCCACUGCUCCGAGGGAACCAGACUUUAACUUACCUUAGCUUUGCUCAUUCCUUUCCAGAGAGGACGUUUGGACUGGACUGGACUUUUCCCUCCAGUCCCAUUAUAGCCCUCUUUCUAGAAAUGUCUUUCUUAAGUAUUCUCGGACCUGAGCCAGCAGGAGCUGUCGAGGUCCUGGCCACACAUCUUGGACUAUGAGCACGUUCACUCCCUCUUCCUUAUUCCGUGGGUGCUGUGUUUUCCCCGAGCCCAGGGCAGCCUCUCACACCUGAGUGUCCUUGAGGCCACGUGCUCGGGCUCCACGUGGGCACACUUCACGGUAGACACGCAAGGGCUCACGUGCAGCUGGCCUUGUAAGUGUAAUCCCAAGAUCACUGAUUUUUGUUUCUUUGCCGGGUUUGUAUCUGAGGAAUGCAUUUAUCUUUGAAAUAUUUGUGUUGUUUUACAAAAAGCUUUUCUAGUCAAUA